CUCUAGUUAUAUUUCGUCCACUUAAGUCAUGAAGACUGCUAUUAUCUCAGCACAUACCAGCUUUAUGUAAAUUGUUCUACCAGGGAUGAUGCACAUUUUAACAUGUAUUUGUAGGGCAAUUAAGGACUGACAUCUUAUUUAUUUGUAGGUCACUUUCCACCAUGGCAGACUCUCUGAGCCAGAGCCUAGAUGCCAGCCCUCGACGGGUGAAGGUCACUAGAUGGGUGAAGGUCAUGCUGCUCCAUCUCGCGCUGGGUGCUGUACUCUUUACCGUUGGCUUUGGCACGGUCCACUGGAAGGUUCUCCCAGGCCAGCCUUCUGUGGGGUUGUGGCACAGGCAGCUCUGUAUCAGCCGUGCACGUGAGUGUCACAAACAACAUCACCAGGAUGUCAAUCAUUAUCACCGAACUAUCCAAGCCAUGGAGACAAUGGCCCUCGUGUCUUUCAUCGCCUCACUCGUCGGUUUACUCGUCUACAUCUCGGUCCAAAGAUUCCGUACAGAGAAAACAUUACAGAUGGUAACAGCCUUGACGUGUGGGGGAGUCGUGUUGGCCACCAUAGGAUUUGUGAUGUUCGGUUGGACCAACGAGUACAACGUCCACGGGUCAAGUGGUCACGUGGGAUGGUCAAUGGGCGUGGCUGUGACUGGCGCCAUCUUUUACGCUAUUGGUUGAUGUAGAGCCUGGGUGUUUGAUCAGGAACUCUACAAUACAAAGUAUCAAAUGAUUAGAAAACAAACAACACAGAUAACAAAAACUUUGACAGAAGGAAAGUUCACAAAAAUAGAUUUACCUGUGGACAAGGGAAGCAAAUGGCUGUACAGUGAGUGAUGUCCCCAUCACAAUCAACAGAUCACAUUUUUUAAAAUCCUGCACAUUUUAUCAGAACAGUAAUGUAUGUUUAAUGUUCAUCAUUUAGAGAUCUCUAGCACAAUAAUUCAACACAAACUGAUACAAUUAACAGAGUCAAUGUUCUAGUGGCAAACCAGUAAGUUAACUAAAAUUAAAAUGUCUUAAUCAAAUUGAUAGCUAUUUCUGCAGUGAAAUAUUUUUUGAAAUUGUAAAAAAUGAUCUUACAGACUGGAUAAGUUGUCCGAAUCGAGGAGGCAAAGACUCACCAAAAAAUACAAUAUCUGAAAAAAAAAAAUGAAAUAAUUCUUUUUAUUUACUUAUGUUAUUAUUACCUUAACAAUCAAACUGCAAUUUAUUUUAAUUUAAUGCUUAAUCUAUUUUUAACCUACCCCUAGUCACAUAUGCUAUAAAAUAUUUUUAACUUAACUAUGUGUGCAUGGCUCUGAUUAUCUAAAUUUUAAAAAAUUACGACGUGAUACAAUAAUGGUUAAACUAAACCUUAGACGAACUAUCACAGCUUGGUGGAGGAGUGACAUCUAUCAGUACUGUUACAUUGUUACAGUGGCAUAUAUCAGUACUGUUACAUUGUUACAGUGGCAUCUAUCAGUACUGUUACACUGUUACAGUGACAUCUAUCAGUACUGUUACACUGUUACAGUGAAACUACAUGAAUGUGGCAUCCAACAAAGCAUUGAUUUAACCUAAAAAGUUGCUACCCACACCUGGUUUUACAACUCCUUCACAUUUAGCCUCUGUGCACUUUGGUACUCUGUCAGCAAAAAUUUCAUCUAGAGGGACAAAAAACAAUGUAGCAGUUUUAUUUCAUAAAAAUUGUUUACCUGUUAAAAAUAUACACAGAUAUACAACUUUAAAUAACAAGAAAAAGUUGAUAAAUCUCACCUU